GCUGGAGGAAGAAGAAGAAGAAUAAACAUGGCGUCUGGGUGUGCGUGGUUCCUGGUGCUGGUGUCGGUUUUCAUUUGCAAUUUCAUGAAAAUACUUCUCCCAACAGUGUCGUCCUUUCUGUCCAGAGUGGUCCAGAAAGAUGCGGAGCAGGAGAGCGAGAUGAGGACAGAGAUCCAGGAGAUGAAGAAGGAACACUCCUCUAUUAGCAUGAUGGACGAGUUUGCUAGAUAUGCUAGAUUGGAGCGUAAAAUCAACAAAACGACGGACAAAUUGAAGACGCAUGGCGGCCCUCAUGAUCUCUCUGAUUUGGAAGUACUACUCUGAUCCUGUGAC